AGAUUCAUUUGACUGAUAUGGCUUAUCGCCUUCGCAGCCAGCGCAGUCGGAAUCCAGCUUUUUAGUCGGAAUCUGACAACUCAUCAACAUGGACUACCAACGCCUCUGCCUGCUUAUUGUGUUAGUCUGUUUAGUCGGUGCCCAUGCAAUUACAGACGAGAUGCCCACGUUCCAAGGCGUGUGCCAGUUGCAAGGCGACUGGUGCACUACCAGGUGCCAGCUAGCCGGAGGACGGGACGGACUUUGCAACAAGGUGGGCCUCUGCAUCUGCAGACCCUUGUAGUGGUGGUGGUGAUAUGAGGGUUAGACAAAUCGCAAUAAAGGCGAACAUAUUUACAAUUGCGAA